AUGUCUCUGUCACCACUCGAAGCGUCCACUCUGGUCGUGGCGAUCAACACAGAAAAUUGGCGUCAGUACGUACCGUUGGUCGUGAGUGGUUUGGUCAUUGUCGACAUUGCGUUGGGAUCGCCGGCGGCCAACGCCGUGUUGGGCAAAGCGCGAGGCCCGCCGGAGGGAGCGUCGGGUACCGACGCGGACGGAGACGCACCGAUAAGGAACGCGAAGGAACGCAUUGAUACGCAAAAAGUGGCCCAGGCGGCACUGGACCGAGCGUCCUCUACUCUCGAGUUACGCAGGUUCUUGGAAGAGAAUAAGUCGGAUUGGGAUCGGAUGGAAGACUUGAAACGAAAGAUGGACCAAGAAAUGGACGAAUUCGACCGUAAGACUCAAAAGAAGGACGCCUAA